CAUCAAAUCAUGUUGAAGGUCGGAGUUCGAACCAUCGGACGAGGCUUUGCCUCCUUUGCUCACAACGGGCGCGUGUUGAGCUCAACGACUGGUACAUCCGAGCCUCAAACGUCAGGAAAGCGUCUUCAGGGCGUGCAAGAGCUCCGCCGCAUUGUCAACAGCGAGCCGAAUGCAGGCGUCGCUUGGGACCAGGUCUGGAAGCAGAAGGUCACGCCUUGGGUCCAAGCUACGUCCGCCCCAGCGCUCCUGGAGCUCAUCGAGCAAAACCAGCUGCCAGGCGGCCGAGCGCUCGUCCCAGGAUGCGGUCAUGGCAACGAUGUGUUUGCUCUCGCUGAGCCAGGCAAGCGUACUGUCAUUGGACUUGAUAUCUCGCCAACCGUGAUUGCACAGUGCGAAAAGACCCGCGAAGAACGCAACAUUCCAAAGGAAAGUGCUCAGUUUCUGUCUGCUGACUUUUUCACGUACGCCCCAGCAAAGUCGUUCAACGUGAUUUACGACUACACCUUCCUCGGAGCCCUCCCGGCCAACUUGCACUCGGCGUGGGCGUCACAAAUGCACAAAUUGUUGGACGACAGUGGCGAGCUGGUGACUGUCAUUUUCCCCGUUGACGGUCACGAGGGCGGCCCACCCUACGCAAUGUCGCCCGAGCAAACCAUCAAUCUGCUGACACCCUUAGGCUUCCGCUGCAUUCAUCUUCGUCCAGUCACCAAGGCUCAUAAAGGACGCGAAAAUAUUGAGUGGCUUGGUCGCUGGAAAAAGUCGCAGUAAAUACAAAAGAGUAUUGAUUCAAAA